AUGGAUCAAAAUAAAGACAUUCACAAUUCUGGAAAACACGAUGUAAUAUCAAAGAAUUAUGACGCGAAAACACAGUCACAGUUAAAUUACAAUAUAAGCUCAACGAACUAUCCAGAGAACAACCAUAACCUUUUCCAAAUGAUUAAGUGUCAUGAAGAUAGCUUAUUACGUCUACAUCAUUUGACUGCUGGACGGCAAAUCAAUGGCACCUAUGAAAAUAAUUAUCAAAACGAUAUAUCUUGGUACCCAAAGGACUUUCAAAGACAAUAUAUAAAACCAGUUGAUUAUUUGGCAUACGAGGAUAUGAGGCGAAAAUUUGACGAAGUCAAAGGUAAAGAAAAAGAAGUGCGAAAGGAUUUAGAAGAUGAAAAGGAGGGAAAAGUAGACGAUAGGAAAAAGCCCAGAAGAAACAGAACAACGUUUACAAGUCAGCAAUUGGCUGCGUUGGAAAAAGUUUUUGAAAAAACACAUUACCCUGAUGCUUUUGUUAGAGAAGAUCUAGCAUCACGUGUUAAUUUAACCGAAGCGAGAGUGCAGGUAUGGUUUCAAAACAGACGUGCCAAGUUCAGAAGGAAUGAACGGUCUGCUUUAUCGUCACACAGAACGUCAACAAGUCAAAGCUCCCCAGAACCUAUACCAGUUCCAAUAGGCAUCGCUCAAGCAGACCCUCGACAAGAAUUCAAUCGUAACUCAAAAGAACCUUGGAUACAUCAUUUUCAAGCAAAUAAUUUAAACUUCAACCUUGGCUUACCUAUUGCAAAUUCAGGACUAUAUCAAAAUGAUUAUACACUAAUGAUGCAGAACGUAGGAAACAGACAAUAUGUCUCUAAUACAAACAGUCUCAUGGGACAAAAUAUGUCAAACUAUGCAAGUACCUCCGAUAAUAGCUAUGGGUCUUGUGCUCUAAUAGGAGGUUACAGUGGCACACUUCAACCAGCACAUCAUAGUUCCUAUAAUUUAAAUCUCAGGCUGAGACCUCAUGAUUUUAGCAUAAUA